GAGGCCGCUGCCGUGCGCUUAUCUCACUCGGCCACAUUGCGGCCCGUGUUCCGCUCCCCAUACUGAGGGAGCGCACUGGAUGCGGCGAGAAAUAACUCAGCUACACACACACACACACACAUACACACUGCUCCACAACUAGCAGGGAAAAAAAGAAAAACCUCAGACAUGGAUGACCCACUCACAAAAUGGCUCCACUUACACAGUAACAUCAACAACACGGCUGGAACGGACGUAGUGGACUCGAGCGAGUGGUGACGGUAUAAAAAUGAUGGAAAAACGGCAGCCGGAGCUUUGUCCUGGAAGUCCUGAUGCAGAGUCCGGUCCUGGAAAGCGGGAGGACUCCUCCAUCAUCUCCAGACAGAACGGAUGCAAGGAGGACGAGAAACCGAGGAGAGAGGAGGGGGAGAAGGAGAGGGGAGGGUGCUUCAAGGGGGUUGAGGAGACGGAUGACGUUCCUCUGCAGAACUCGAGCAACGGGACCAGCAUCAGCAUCAUCAUCAACGGCGUUGCCAAGGAAACUGCCUCUCACAACGCCCUUGACCUGAAAAGGGAAGUGCCGGUGAUCGAGCUCUCCAGGAGGGACGCUAUAAAAGCGGUGGAGCAGAAGACUGAAAGCCAUUUGGUGCCGAUCACUGAACUUCGCAGACCUCCACCGCUGCCGCUACCGCCGCCGCAACGAGACGACGCUCGAAUGGUCCAACUGAGCCCAAACGCGUUUCCUGUCCCGGCCCGGGCGAUGCUCUACAACCUGGCGCAGCCUCUCGCCGCCAUCAACAGUCUCGGAGGAGAGUCGGAGCAGUACAGCAUGUACCCCAGCAACAGGGUAAAGCGCCGCCCAGCGCCUUAUGAGGUUGAACUCGACGAGGGUAGGCGCAUUUUAGAUCUUUAUAAGUAUGCUGGCCAGCCAAAGAUUGUGCGUCGCAUCUUCACUAACAGUCGUGAACGUUGGCGGCAGCAGAACGUAAACGGGGCAUUUGCAGAGCUUCGCAAACUCAUCCCCACUCACCCCCCAGACAAGAAGCUGAGCAAGAAUGAGAUCCUGCGGCUUGCCAUGAAGUACAUCAGCUUCCUCUCCAACCUCCUGGAGGACCAGGACGGAGGGAGGAAUGUUGGCAGCACAACUGAUGGGGAAACAGGGCUGCUGGUUGGGGCCCACGAGGGCGGCCCACAGGGCGGACCACAUCAGGACACGGUGGUGAGCUUGGUCAGGGACGAUCUUCUGGAAACAAUGUCACCAGGCUCCAGCUGUGGAAGCCUGCCUGAUGGCGAUGCCGAGGGCAGUCCUGAGAGCUUUAUGGAGGACCAGGACUCCCCUCCAGCUCCAAGGACUCUAACAGCUUCACGUGGGCCCCCGCUGCAUCUAGCUACUAGGGAUCUGAGGCGCAAUGGACGUCCUUUAGAUGGCUCCAGUCGCCGAUGAUGCUGAUACCAAUAAACCACGGACACAACACCUGAGACUGAAAGAGAACAAUGAGAGGGACUAAAGAAAUGGAUAUGCUCAGGACACAUUAGCUUUCAGUUGUCAGUGUAGGACGGAGAAUCAAGCUCCGCGUAGUGAGAUAGUGGUGUCCAAAAUGGAUCAUGAGUACGUUCCUGUCUCCACACUACACCUGAGGCAGCACUGAUGAAUAGCUUGGUUUGAUUGGUGAUCUGUUGAAUUUGAUCCAACAAAAGACUUGUAAAUUCUGCAUGUCUCAUGUCUUUGACUGACCUGCGGAUCAUAAUUUUCCGUGUUUUGAAAGUCCAAAGACUGGAUAUUCUAAAAACACACGCACACACACACACACACACACACACACACACACACACACACACACACACACACACACAAGAAAGAAAGAACAAGCAAACAAAACAAAACAAGACAAAACCAAACAAAAUAUCAAUCAAAAGACACUUUUGAGAGAGAGAAUUUCUAUUGAAGUUUUGACCAAUGCUUCACUAAUGAUACUAUAGAUUACAAUAUGGUGCAGCCAGAAUAGAUCCAAAGUGCUUGCAGAGCGCUGCAUGUAAAUGGUUCUAAAACAUCAAUGAAUGAACCCUGGAGAUUUAUGGCCAACGAAUUUGAUGUGUUAGAAUAAUGACACAAAAGUAAGUCUGCCUCAGUUGGAGGUCGUAAAUGCAGAAAUAAACCGACUGGACUCUAUUGCACCCAUGCAGUUACGUAUGUAUUGUAAAUAGCAUUAUAUUUCCACUGCACAAUGUAACAUCAGUGACUCGAGUUCAAAUCAUGUGGUUUAGGAUGUACUGUAGUGUGUUUGUCAAUGGGUUUACUAGCAAAAUGGUCUUUUAGGAGACGUGAAACGAAGAGAGAGGGGAGAAGAGACGAGAUGAACUCAAAAAGUAAAGCAAGCAACUGAACGUAGUGCAUCAAAUGUGGUACCAUUUACUUCUGUUACACUUUGGUGAUGAAAAAAUUACACCAAAUACAGCAACAGACAGUUAAACAAUUUCACUGCCUGGAAUGAAUAUAUCUAUUUGAAAUUGCUGUGGAGGUACAAGACAUGCAGUGUUUCUUAAAGUGUACAAAAUAUGGGUCGUAUGAUAUGAGAUGACUCAUGCAGUCCUUUUAUAUAUGAAUGUUUCAGUGUUUUUUAAACUGUAAUGCAGUUGUAGUUUAGUAAGGUACACAAAUAAAUCCCUUCAUUGCCACAUUUUACAUAUACACACACAGACACAUGCACAGAGGCACACGCACAAACACACACACACACGCCACACAGUGUUAAUAUCAUAACAACACCAGCAGUUUUCUGACAAAUACAGUUAAGUAUUGCUCGCUGUUGUUGUUUAUUCUGCUUUUUCAGCAGGACCUAGUAGCCUAUAUUGGUACCUUUGGUAACUAUGGUAUUUUAUGAAUUGCAGUAAAGGGACAUUGUAUGUUUGGUAAUGACAUAUUUGUUGUAUGAUAGCUGUAUCUAUAAAUAUAUCCAAUGUUAAAUCGAUGAAUUUUAUACAAAACCCCAGAAUAAAACACGCAGAGGAAAAGCCUUGUAUUUGAUCUCA